UUUAGUUGGAAGUAGAACAGUUGGAUCGGCGUCGUUGCCCACAUCAGGCGGAAUUUCAAGCAAUCCGGAAAACUUGGCCCAGCCUCACCAUGGAUCUUGACGGAGAAUUCCAAGUGCCGCCUAUCGUGGCCAGCGUGCAGCUAAUCUACCACCUGAAUCUGGAAAUCGGCGGCGGACUAAAUGAACGGGCCGAUGUCAACGCGCUGAUACAGUUCAUCACCGAUUACGGCAAGUUGCGGAUCGUUGCGGAACACUUGAAGUGCAACGUCAAAGCGGCCAAGCGGCGAGCUGUCGGAAACAGUAUGUUCCGGGAUGGGCUUUUUGUGAAUGCCAUGUUCGCCUACAACGAGAGCAUUUGCCUGGCGCUGCCCGGCUCGGACCAGCUGGGAAUCGGGUACGCUAAUCGGUCGGCCGCUUGUUUCGCGCUGGGCGAGUACGAGAUGGCCCUAUUCAACAUUCAGAUGGCUAGGAAGCACAACUAUCCGGACAAGUUGAUGGCGAAGUUGCUGGAACGCGAACGCAACUGCAAGCAGCGUAUUGCCGAUGGUCGCUCGAAGGGAACGGUGCCUUGUCCGCGGAUGGGAUUUAACGUGGACAUUAAUCCGCGCAUCCCCUUCUUGGCCAAAGGGAUCGCUAUGGGCUAUGAUCCGAGGUUUGGUAGGGGACUGGUUGCCGAGAAGGACUUCAACGCGGGAGACAUAAUCUUGGACGAGAAGCUUGAGCUCUGUGGAAUCGACUACAACGUGACCUUCCAAACCUGCAACCAAUGCAGUUCCAGGCGUUAUCACGUUUUGAUUCCAUGCCCAAAGUGCCCGUUUUUCAUGUUCUGCAGCGAGGAAUGUCGCGAGCUGAACUGGAAGCUGUUUCACCGCUUCGAGUGCGAUGUCGCGACCAAGCUGUGCUCCGUCUCUCGAGUUUCCGACAUGAUCGCUCCUAGAUUGUUCUUCUACGGAUUGUCCCAGUUUGGAGAUGACGUGCAGGCCAUGAUGGAAUACUGCGAGAAGGCGAUCAACGGGAAAUUCAACCCUCUCGAUCUGGACUACACAAUCCCGUGCCGUCUGGAUGUGUUCAAGGCCGUGCACAACACCAUCACCCGUUACGAUUCUGUCGUGGAAAUGAUUGCGAACAACACUGCCGCCACCUAUUCCGUCGUAUUCCUGAUGAACCCUCUUGUCAAAUCGAUCAUCCGCACCGAACCGCAUCGGCGGUUCUUCAUUCGAUCUAUACAAACGUACAGCAAGGUGGCCGCUGCGCUGGCAACCAAUUCCGGAAUUUCCAAGGGAGUGAUAACGACCAUCCGCCCCGUUGGCAACCUUUUCAACCACUCGUGCGACCCACACGCGAUGACGAUCUCCGAUGGCGGUCGAGUCAAGAUGGUCAUGCUGCGACCCGCUCGCCAGGGCGAGCAGAUCUUUAUAUCCUACGGACCAACCUGGUACAAGCCAUGUCCCCUUUCGUUGAUGUUCAAGUGCUGCUGCAUCGUUUGUGACAAGGGCAAAGCUGGACGCGAGUGGCACUCGCUGAUGGACCGGAAACUGCCGCAAAACGCCCGCAAAGAUGUACAGCUCAUGAAGCAGAUCCUUGGCGACAGCGGUGUCAACGUUGCUUCCAAGAUGAAUGCCGUUCAGCAGUUGAUCAAAAGGUAUGCGGAUUACCACCCGCAGCGGGAGGAUAUCGGAUAUUUGCUGAAGCUGUACGGCGAAUUUCUGUGCUUCAUCGUCCAAGACGAGCAUCUUGCAUUGAUGCGAGCCAUGCUAAUGGCUGAGCAGUGAGCGUUUGCUGAGAAACGUUCGUAUUUCUAAACUAUUCAUUGGUACAGAAGUGAAUUAAUACCAGAAGUGAAUUAAAUA